UAUUGGUGUAUUGUUGUGGGAACUUACAAUUGGAAAUACCCAAACUUAUACCGACCUUUACAAAAAAUGUUGGUCUACUGAGCCAGAUGAACAUCCAGCAUUAGUCGAUAUUUUACAAAAUCUUAAUCAGCUAUCAGAAGAAAAUUGUGUAGAAUUCAUUACAAAUAUUAUAAAUAUUGAUGCACAUUCUAGUGAAA